AUGGAAGGGAAUGUCGCUGAGGCUGCAUGUCGUGAAGAGUGGGAUAAAGUGAAGGACCUAGUGGACAGGGGAGGUGACGUCAAUAUAACGUAUGAUAUAGGACGGACAGCUCUACACCAUGCGGCUAAUCGUAGUAAUGUAGAGAUGUGUAAAUUUCUACUUGAUCGUGGGGCGGACGUCGCUGCUCGAGACGAAUAUGGCAAUAUGCCAAUUGAGAGAGCGAUUUCGUCACGUGAUCCGACUUCUCUUGAUGUUGUUCGUCUGCUACUAACAGACGUUACUGUGAAUGCAGGAAACGACAAUGGUGAACGUCCGUUGCAUUUAGCAGCUCGAAAACAAUUUGUUGAUCUUGUGCAGCUGCUUGUGGAUCAUGACGCUGAUACCAAUGUGGUAGAUAAGGAUGGAUAUACACCACUACAUGACGCAAACAGAUUUGGAGGAGACGAUCCUGCAGUGAGUAAAAUCUUGUUAAAGUUCGAAGCAAAGGUUGAUGCAGCGAAUAGAAAUGGGGACCAGCCACUACAUCUAGCAUGUAGGAAUAGUAAAAUCAAGUCUGCUCGUUUGUUACUUUCUAAUGGUGCUAGCGCUCGUGCUUCUAACAAUGAUGGAAAGACGCCACUACAUUGUGCAGCUGGUGGAUCUACACUCCGUUCUGAAUUUUGUGACAUUUUACUGGAUCGUGAUGCUGACAUUGAUGUAGCUGACGAGGAUGGGAACCAACCACUACACAUAGCAUGUACACACAAUAAAGUAGAAAUUGCAAAAUCGUUGAUAUCUCACGGAGCAGAUGUUGCUGCUGUUAAUGGACAGAAUGUAUCACCUUUUCAAUUAGCAUUACCUGACUUUUGUAUAGCUCUCUAUAAAGCAGGACUCACCUCAAAACAGGUUGAAGACAUUUGUAAAGCUCUGUACAAAGCAGGAGACACUUCAAUACAGACUCAAGUCGUUCGUCGAGGUUUGGAAGUUUUCACUGUCCAAUAUGAUAAACUUAAUUGUUGGGUGUUGAGCAAGAUCAUUGCAACUGCAGAAAAGUCUUUUCCUGGAAAUUUGUCUAAAUGGAUUGACAUGAUGGAUGUUGAUGAAUUGUUUGUAACAGCACUUGAUGGAAAUCAAAUAGAGACAUGUAAGAUGUUGAUAGAAAAUGGUGCAAGUGUCAAUGGAUCAGAUAGCUGUGAUAUUCGACCUCUCACAUUAGCAGUUAGAAGAGAACAGAGCAUCAGUUAA